AUGGUCAAUGGAAAUAGGAGUUCAUCUGUGAUCAUCACACUGUUAGUGCUACUAGUACUGCAGCAAGUAAUUAUUGAUACCAGUAAUGCUGAAUUUACAAACAAUUCGAGAAAUAAUUGCAGUGAUUCUUCAUCUUCUAUAGGGGAGUGUAAUGAAGAGGAAGAGAAGCUAAUGGAUUCGGAAGUAAGUAGAAGAUUUCUUGCUAGUGUACAAGGCAUUUCAUAUGGAGCUCUGAAGGGUGAUAUACCGGCUUGCGGAUCCGGCGAACACAAACCCAAGAGAGCAGACUGCAACCCUAUGAUAGCAGCAAAUCCGCAUGUCGGUGGCUGCUUCAAAGUAUACCGUUGUAGAUCAGGAUCACAAUCGCCAGGGAGUAACUAA